GAAUCUUUUAGGGUAUAAUUUUGGUGUUUUGUAUAUUGGUGCAGCAGCAGCAGUGUAUUUCAAGCCAGAAUAUACUAUCUACGACUCGAGACUGUUGACCCUUCUUGCUGUGUUUUCUAUCAUCACCCUCUUCAAGUUGAUAUACAAUGUGUCGUUAUACCCAGCUCUUUUCACCCCAAUUAUUAUUUUCAUAGGGUCGACACUGGCUUAGAGGAAACGGCGUGUCUUUCUUUGUUGAUACACCAUUUGAACCAAUGAGGAAAUGGGCACGCAGUAUGCCGAAUGACGGUCUGAUCCGUUACUAUACUGUCGGAAAUUUGGAGAGGGUCUUUCCGACAAGCACUGCAGCCUUGAGAGAAGUAUUGGUAAACAAGGCUUAUGAUUUUGCCAAACCUCGAAUCAUACAACAAUUCUUGUACCCUAUAGUUGGAAAUGGCCUUCUACUUGCAGAGGGGGAAGAACAUAAGGUUCAACGCAAAAGCUUGAUGCCAGCGUUCUCAUACCGCCACAUCAAAGAUCUCUAUCCGAUUUUCUGGACGAAGAGCAUAGAGAUGGUGAAAGGAAUAGAACAGGAUCUGCAGCGCAGAGGGCCCGAUGAAGAUAACACGAUACAAGUCCGCAACUGGGUUGGACGAGCAGCGCUCGAUAUAAUCGGCGUGGCGGGCAUGGAUCAAGACUUCGACUCGCUACGCAACCCUUCUGGAAGAUUAAACGAGUCUUAUCACAAAGUAUUUACCCUGCCUUCCUUUGGAACAAAGAUGCUUCUGUUACUUGGCAGAAUCAUCGGUGAUAUCGCAUGGGUCCAGUCCCUGCCAACGAAGCGAAACAAGGACAUCCAGGAUGGAAGACAAACGAUCCGCGAUGUCGCGCGGCAAAUGAUUCGAGAAAAGAGGGAAAAACUGAAAAAUGCCGACUCAAAGACCGGCCUGGAUAUUAUCUCUGUUGCCAUGUCUGGUGACUCUACCUUCGAAGAAGAAAGAUUGGUCGACCAACUCAUGACGUUCCUCGCGGCGGGACAUGAAACCACCGCCAGCGCUAUGCAGUGGGCUGUCUACGCGCUCUCCAAAAGACCAGAGAUGCAAACGCGCCUACGCGAAGAGAUUCGCGCAAAUCUUCCCUCCAUUUCUGUAGAAAGACCGGAGCAGAUCGACGCCGUCACAAUCGACAACCUGCCUUACCUCCACGCUGUCUGCAACGAGGUCCUCCGUUUUCACCCAGUUGUACCCAACACCAAUCGUGUCGCUCUCAAAGACACCACUUUGGUGGGCAAGCCCAUUCCAAAAGGUACAACCAUUGUCCUAGUACCGGAGGUCAUUAAUAAACUUGAGGAGCUAUGGGGUCCGGAUGCGGACGAGUUCAACCCAGAUCGAUUCAUGGGUCAGGGUAUGGCGAAUACGGGUGGUGCAAGCAGUAACUACGCUCUUCUCACAUUCCUUCAUGGCCCUCGUAGCUGCAUCGGACAGGGCUUUGCAAAAGGCGAGCUAGCCUGUUUGCUUGCUGCUACAGUCGGUCGUUUCAAAUUCGAAUUGAAGUACCCGGAUGCUAAGCUGGAAGUGCAGGAAGGUGCUACUCGCGCGCCUAAAGAUGGUGUUUUGGCGAAGUUUACGCCAGUGGAAGGGUGGUAAAACUGAUACUGGCGAGUCUUUUAGACUGUCACGAACCAGGGUUACGGCGGACCUGCCUAGUCUUGGAGAAGAGAUAUACGUGUAAUAGUUAGAUCAGCUAGUCAUACGAUACAGCUGUCAAGACUAGGUCGUUCUAAUGACCUAGUAAGAUAAACCCCCUAGAGAAUGGAAGUUAGACGGA